CACCCUCAUCAAUAUCAAUGACGUAGUUUCCGCAUCCGGUCUCUUUUUACCUUGCGGUACAGAACUCCAUACGGCGUUGUCUCGUGUUUUCCCGUUAAACUCGUAACGCAGGGAAAGCCGUCACGAUGUCCGGAGGUCUGGAUGUCCUUCAAAUGAAGGAGGAAGAUGUGCUCAAGUUCCUGGCUGCAGGAACACAUCUGGGAGGAACCAACAUGGACUUCCAGAUGGAGCACUAUGUGUACAAGAGAAAGAGCGAUGGAGUGUACAUCAUCAACCUGAGGCGUACCUGGGAGAAACUUCUGCUGGCCGCUCGGGCCAUCGUGGCCAUUGAGAACCCGGCUGACAUCUGCGUCAUCUCCUCCCGGAACACGGGGCAGAGAGCUGUGCUGAAGUUUGCUUCAGCUACCGGUGCAACGACAUUCCACGGCCGCUUCACCCCCGGUACCUUCACCAAUCAGAUCCAGGCGGCCUUCAGAGAGCCCCGCCUCCUGAUCGUGACGGAUCCCCGGGCCGACCACCAGCCUCUAACUGAGGCCUCCUACGUCAACAUCCCGACCAUUGCCCUGUGCAAUACUGACUCUCCACUGCGCUAUGUGGACAUCGCUAUACCAUGCAAUAACAAGGGUCACCACUCGGUGGGUCUGAUGUGGUGGAUGCUGACCCGGGAGGUGCUCCGGAUGAGGGGAACCAUCUCCAGGGAGCACACCUGGGACGUCAUGCCGGACCUCUACUUCUACCGUGACCCAGAGGAGAUUGAGAAGGAGGAGCAGGCCGCUGCGGAGAAGGCCGUGGGGAAGGAGGAGUUCCAGGGCGAGUGGAGCGCCCCAGCAGUGGACCAGGUCCAGCCCGAGGCGGCGGACUGGUCCGAGGGGGUCCAGGUGCCUUCUGUGCCCAUCCAACAGUUCCCCGGGGUGGCGGAAGAUCCCCUAGCUGCCCCUGUGAAGCUCGCUGCAGAAGGUUUUACCGAGGACUGGAGCAACCAGGCUCCCACUGAGGACUGGUCUGCUGCUCCCACUGCCCAGGCUUCCGACUGGGGCGGCGCCGCCUCGGAGUGGUCUUAACUCUUCAAUAAAGGCUUGCUUGUGCUUACACUGUAAAGGAAUCUGUGCAAUAAACAUUUGGACUCCGA